ACGCACGCUCCCUUCACCGCCCCCUUCUCUCUCUGUCUCUCUCUCCCUUCGUUCUCCUCUUCUUCAUCACUCUUGUUUUGCGCGUAUGUGUGAUAUGUGAUGUGAUGUGAUACACGGGCUGUAAUCAUCCCAAUGGCUCUCGUCGACCAUGGACGAUGAUUUUUUUUCGGUUUCUCCAUUCGCAUUACGGGAAUAUCGCUCCAGCGUCGACGCAGUCCAUGAGCACAAGGGGUUCUUCGCUUCCUCUGACUGCUGAAGGAUAUUUUUGCAUGUCGAGAGACUGAAGAGACACGGAGAACACGUUCAAUGCCGUUGGAACAUGUCAUAUGUUCCCUUUCAAGAUGCGAGGUAUGCUGUCCCCCCCUCCUACCGACAACAGCCCUCCUUCGCUGCUGCUCCCUCCUACGAGCAACCCGACUGGAAUCCUCGUCUGUGUGUGAUCAGUGGAAAUCAGCUCUACAUGUUGGACCAGGAGGAGGUUCACCCUUUGUUGAUGCGCGAGCGGCGCUCAGAGUCGCACAGGAACAAGCUGCUGCGACGGACGGUCAGCGUGCCUGUGGAGGGGAGGCACCAUCCUGAAAUGGACCACGCUCGGCUCCGGCGGAAGAGCAUCGCCACCGGGAAGCAGCCAAGCAUGGAGAUCCCACCCACUGCCCCCCCACAACCCUUCCGACAAUCCAGUUUCCUCAGUAGAAGACUGAAGGGGUCCAUUAAGCGGGCCAAGAGUCAGCCCAAACUGGACCGAACCAGCAGCUUCCGCCACAUGAUCCUCCCUCGUUUCCGCAGCGCCGACCAGGACCGGACUCGUCUGAUGCAGAGCUUCAAAGAAUCACACUCCCAUGAGUCUUUGCUGUCUCCCAGCAGUGCAGCCGAGGCCUUGGAUUUGACACUUGAUGAAGACGCGGUCAUCAAGCCUGUUCACUCCAGUAUACUGGGACAGGAGUACUGUUUUGAGGUGAUAACUGCUUCAGGAACAAAGUGUUUUGCCUGUCGGUCGGCUGCGGAGCGAGACAAAUGGAUAGAGAAUCUGCAGAGAGCUGUCAAACCAAACAAAGACAACAGUCGACGCGUCGACAACGUUCUGAAGCUGUGGAUCAUCGAGGCCCGUGAACUCCCACCCAAAAAGCGCUAUUAUUGUGAGCUGUGCUUGGAUGACAUGCUUUACGCCCGCACCACCAGCAAACCCCGAACCGAUACUGUCUUUUGGGGUGAGCACUUUGAGUUCAACAACCUGCCAGCUGUCCGCAACCUCCGCCUUCAUCUUUACAAAGAGACGGACAAGAAAAGACGCAAGGAGAAGAGCACAUAUCUGGGCUUGGUCAGCAUUCCCAUUUCCAGCAUCACUGGUCGUCAGUUUGUGGAGCAAUGGUACCCCGUCAUCCAGCCCAGCGUCCUGGCCAAGGGUGGUGGCGUUGGAGGGGGCAAAAUCAUCAACGCCUCCCUGCGGCUCAAGUCACGCUUUCAGACCAUGAGCAUCCUGCCGAUGGAGCUGUAUAAAGAGUUCGCAGAGUAUGUGACCAACAACUACCGAACGCUGUGCGCCGUUCUUGAGCCGCUGCUGAGUGUCAAGAGCAAAGAGGAAGUGGCCUGUGCUCUGGUGCACAUCCUGCAGAGCACGGGGAAGGCCAAGGAUUUUCUUUCAGACAUGGCGAUGUGCGAGGUGGACCGAUUUAUCGAUCGAGAGCACCUGAUCUUCAGAGAGAACACCCUGGCCACCAAAGCCAUAGAAGAGUACCUCAAACUCAUCGGACAUAAGUACCUCAAAGACGUUUUAGGUGAUUUUAUCCGAGCGCUGUAUGAGUCAGAGGAGAACUGUGAAGUCGACCCGAUGAGAACUCCACCGUCUGUACUGCCUGAACAUCAAGCCAACCUCCGGAUGUGCUGUGAGCUUGCACUCUGCAAAAUCGUCAACUCUCAUUGUGCGUUUCCGAGAGAACUGAAAGAGGUGUUUGCGUCCUGGCGCGUUCGAUGCGCUGAGAGGGGAAGAGAGGACAUUGCAGAUCGACUGAUCAGUGGUUCCCUCUUCCUGCGCUUCCUGUGUCCGGCCGUCAUGUCGCCAUCCUUAUUCAACCUCACACAGGAGUACCCCGAUGAGCAGACUUCACGCACACUCACCCUCAUAGCCAAAGUUGUGCAGAACCUUGCAAACUUCUCAAAGUUUGGCAGUAAGGAGGAGUACAUGUGCUUUAUGAAUGAGUUUUUAGAGAUGGAGUGGGGCUCCAUGCAGCAGUUCCUGUAUGAGAUCUCCAAUCUCGACAGCGUGAGCAAUGCUGGUGCCUUUGAGGGCUACAUCGACUUGGGAAGGGAGCUUUCGAUCCUGCAUAGUCUCCUGUGGGAAGUCAUGGCACAACUAAGCAAGGACGCUAUCAUCAAACUCGGACCAUUGCCCCGCCUUCUGAAUGACAUCAGCAUGGCCCUCCGUAACCCUCACCUCCAGCGACAGCCCAGCCAUCAGACGGACAGACAGCCUCCAGAGAGACAGACUGACAGGCUGCUGUCCAGACCCAGCUUCAACAGGGGCGUCUCGUCUGAGUUCCAGAACCUCAUGAUGAGGGACCUCAACAGUUCAGUCGAGAUCACUCGCCUGCCCUCUCCAACCUCUGCCAUGUCCAGUGGCGGCGCCCCUCAGUCCCGUGCCGGAAUGGGGGGUUUUACGGACCGCGAUCAUCCUCACCGAGCCUCAUCUAAAGACGUUUUCUACGUCGCCCGUCCCCCGUUGGCCCGCUCCAGUCCAGCGUACUGUACUAGCAGUUCUGAUAUUACUGAUCCAGACCCAAAGGACUCAAGAAUGAACAGCGUCUCUAACCUGCAGUCUAUGGGGGACAUGCUCAACUCUUCCCAGGCCUCGAUUGCCGGCCUCGGCAGCUACGGUGGGCUCGCGGGCUUGGGAGGAGGCCUCGGAGGUCAGCUGCGCGCCGGAGGGCGUAUGUCGGCCGGAUCCGGGGGUUCCAGCAUGUCCGGCGGUCUGAGGUUGAGCCAGCUGAGCCAGAUGGGAACCACCACCGACUCGCUGUCCCAGCAGCAACAGCAGCAAGCCGCCGCCCUCCGCUACCCCCUCUCCUUCCAGAACCCUCUGUUCCACCUGGCUGCUGAUGGGCCUCAGCUUCACCACCAGCACAGUCGAGCUCAACCUCCUCCUCCUCUCCUGCUCGCCCCGGAGCCGGACGCUUCUCACCCCACUUACAUCCCGCAGUUCGCCCACGGCGGUUUCUCCCGAAGCGAGGACCUCUCCACCCUCAGGCCCGGCCCUCAUCUGGGUCAGCCGAGCAUUAUUCACUCCCACAGCUACAGCGACGACUACAGCCGCCAUAACCAGAGCGAAUACGGCCGACGCCAGCUCUCCAUGCACAUGCAGGAGCAGCAGCAGAUGGCAGGCAUGGCAUCGCAGACCGGCACAUCUCAUUCAUCGCUCGCCACGCCUCCUUCCACCGUUCAGCCUGUCCGUCAAAGCUCCAUGGCUCCUCCCACGCAGCGCAUGAAAUCGCAACCCUCGCAUCAGCUUUCCGUGAGUUCUGCCGCCGCCGCUCCUGCGGGCAAAACCAGGCCGCAGAGCGGAAACCUGCUCCAGUCCCCGGAGUCCGGCUUCGGGGGCCGGCAGCAGGGUCCUCGGCAGCAACUCUCCGUCAAAGACAGCACCCCGCCUGGCCUGCCGCAUCAGCAGAGCUCCACCAGAGAGAGCCAGGGGUCCCAGGGCUCUCAGGGCGGGACGCCGCAGUCCACGCAGCAAUCCAAAUCACAUCAGGAACGGCAGCAGAUCCAGCAACAGCAUCUGCUCAAGCCUACCAUGAGCAAACAGGGCUCUUCCCAAUCUCCAUCCACUCUCAACCCCCCGACCCCUGCCUCUGAGCGAACAGUCGCCUGGGUGUCCAACAUGCCCCAUCUUUCUGCUGACAUAGAGAGUUCCCGCAUCGACAGAGAGGAGUACAAACUCAAGGAGUAUUCAAAGAGCAUGGACGAGUCGCGUCUGGACAGGGUGCGUGAAUACGAGGAGGAGAUCAACUCUUUGAAGGAGCGUCUGAUGAUGUCACACCGCAAGCUGGAGGAGUAUGAGAGGAGGCUGUUAACUCAGGAGCAGCAGACCAAUAAAAUCCUGCUGCAGUAUCAGAGCCGACUGGAGGACAGCGAGAGGAGACUGAGACAGCAGCAGAUGGAGAAAGACAACCAAAUUAAAGGAAUUAUUGACAGACUCAUGGCUGUUGAAGACGAGUUGAGGGGAGGGGUGAUACCGGAGCACAAACCCAGGAUGUUCGCAGACCAGGAAAAGCAGCUUUCCGCCUUGGGUUCAGCAGACCCCCGUGUGAGUUUUGGAGGAGAAUUGACCAGCGCUCCCGUCGUUGUCGGAGUCUCCCAAUCGGACAAAUCCUCCACCCGAUCCCCCCUGAACGGAAUCUUGUCCUUCCCGUUAGCCUCCCCUCCUCAUUCCCGUCCUCACGCACAACUCCGGCCGAACGGAGAGCUCUCCGGCAACCAAAAAUCAGCAACGGCAUCGAGGGCAAGUUUGGAGGGGGAGCAGGUCAAUAACAAUGCUGACCAAAUCUGAGAAAAAUUUUAGGAAUUCCGAAGAAAAAGUCAUCCGCAUUGUAAGGAUGAAGCGCCACUGCAUUAGACUGAGGACAAGUGGGAGGCGGGACACCAUUACUUGCACCAUCCAAAACAAAAGGGCUCUCCAUUGGAUCCGAUAUGUUAUUCCAAAAUCACAUUUUCUUUGGAUCAAAGUUAAAAGCCCCUUGCACAUGUACCUCCGCCACCACAGGUCAUCAAAACCACUGGAAAGAGCUCGGUUCAGGUUCCAGGUUUUUUGACUGAGCUCCUUUGUGUACAAAAAAAAUUCCAAGAAGCUGGGAACAACCUGGGAACGGUGGGCAAACAAACUAUACGUACGUUUCAAAGUGUAUAGAGAUUGAAAACUGACUCGCGAACACACGCCAGCUUCGUCUUGGGGAUUUUGUCAUGUCGUCUGGCUUCCCUAGUGCCUUUCUGUAUCUCCUGACAGGGUUUUCAAACGAACACAAGAAUAACGACAGCAGAAUUACAGAAAUGGUUGUGCAAACUCUGGUCUCUUCUCGAGAUUGCUCACUUAGUAGAGAUUGAUGUGUUCUUCUGCCUCAAUGUAAUGCUGAAAAUGUCAAGCAUUGGAGUCCGACCAUGGCUCUGGGUUUUUUUUGUGGACAAUGUGUGGAAAGUGCUUGCAUUGCCUCACUAGACUGAACUUGUGCAAUGUUUUCUCUUCUCAAUCUCAGAACCUAUGUGUAUUUAACUGGUGCUAUGGAUUCUCAAAGCAUUGCUCUGUGUCACAUCACCGCCUCCCAUUCUGUCAUCAUCCUAACUGUUCAUACGUGUCUCCGUCCUGCCAUUUAUCUCCUUGACUUUCUUUCAGUGUAUGUGUCUGCAACAUGAGGUGAGCGUGAGGUGAUCUCUGUCAGGUUGAAACCUUUUGUCUUUUUACUAAGACGCUAGGCCAGAAUGCAGUUGUGGUCGUACGGAAUUUUUUUCUUUAUACACAAAUGUUUUUUCUUAAAAUGGAUGUGAAGCGAGCUGAUAUUUCAAACAAGCAGAGCUUGUGUUUUUUUUGGUCUUCAAGACAUUUUGAAGUCAACAUGACAGUUAACCAAUUUUCCCUCCAAAAUGUGACGUGUUUUUAAAGUGAAAUUAAAAAAUUGACUUCAUUUAAACUUAAUUUGAUUAGAAAAUGGGCGUUAUAUACUAGAAUGGAAAAUGGAAUGGAAAGUUGUUUCAAAGGUGGUGAAACUUGCAUUUCGUUAAAAGAUUAUGUAAACAACCCUGUUUAAUCAUAAAUAUUAUAAAAUAGCAUGCACCAAAUAAUCAUCAAUAAGACGACUAAGAAUGUACACUGAAAAAGUAGACAAUGAUUGCACCAAAUAAUCAUUACAUUUAUGCAUUUAGCAGAAGCGACUUAUAUUGCAUUUUAUCAAUUCACACUUUCUGGGAAUCAAACGCAUGACCUACUUUUUAAGUUAUGCUACAAAUUGCAAAUUAAUAAUUUUGUUUUCAUGUUGACUUUAAAGUUGCUCAAGCAUCUCUUAAGUGGUCAUUUUACGAAAGGUCUUGUUAGACAACAAACUUGGUUUGUAAAAUAAUCAAAUCUUAUGUACUGUACAGAAAUAUUGCUAGCUAUAAUUCGUCAUUUGAGUAUCACUGCCAUCUGGUAACGAUUGUAUUCCUCAUCAUUCACUACAGUUUUUGUUUUAUUGUUUGUUUUACGAUUAAUCAAUUCAUUGUCAUGUUUCUACAGACUCAAGACAUUCACGUGGCUUCGCUGACGAGUCAUUCAUUUGUAACCCAACCCAUUGUUGAUUGCCUUGUUGUUGCAUUGUAAACUACUCAAGUUCUGUAUGUAACAGCUACGCCAAUACAGCAGGCCUAGAUGAUAGUGAGGAGAUUUAAGUCGUAACUGCACAAUAAAAACACUGAGCUGUACUGUAAUAUUUAUCGAUUGGGAAGGCACUAGAGAGGAGAAUGGACUGAUUGCCAUUUUAGCUUUUAAGAGCUUCGAGGGCUAUCUUUAAGUGACUUCUACUCCAUUUAGUAAUAACAAACAGGCAAUUUUGUUAAUGUCCCAAAAGCGGUUGAGAACAAAUUGGGAUAACAGGGUUAUCAGCUGAUAAAUGUGCCAUGACAUGAAUAUACCUCAGACGUAGAAUCGAAUGACUCAGGUAAACUUUCAAUUGCCUCACAGUUUAACGCAAACUGGAUAGAAAAAAAAUACUCAUUUUAAGUUGAACUGCCUGUUUUGGUAGUUAGUCCAUUUCUUCUCUGAGAUUAGUAGCAGUGAUUGGUCAGCGGCUCAUCAAGCACCUCCUCUUUUCCCUGCAUCUCCAGCCAAUCACAAAGCUUCGUGGAGGACAAUCUGGAACCUAAUUGGAGGCCUCACCUCGGACAUUCUUCAGGUUGGCCCGGUUUCAAUUCCAGGGCGCUGUCGCGCGAUUCGGUUGGUUGACAGAGGGGAAACUGAGGCUUUGACUCAGUGCCAGAGCCGAUCCAAAGAAAAAAAAAUAUAGGUUCCCUUCCUCUGACGUGCCCUCUCUCUGUUAUAAUUCGAUACGACGACCGUUUGGGAUGCUUAACGCCUGUCAGACGGCUUCUGCGUGCCUCUCGGCGGCACGAGAGAUGACGUCGCAAUGCAGCGUGCAGUGGUUCGUUGAGAGAGCUGGAGAGCUUCUGAGGAUCAGAUCAAUCUCAAAGGUGCUGUUUUUUAGGUUCUUUACUAACUACAUGUAGGAUAUUGAACAAUCCUCUACUUCUUCUCGUUUUGAUCUUCAUAUGCCACAUUAGCUCUGCCUGUCAUGCCUGCCUGUGUCUCAAUCACAUCUUUUAUUUUGGGGAAACCGAAUAUGCACAGCCUUUUUUUGCUUUGUUUUUUUGCUCAAGAGACGCUGAUUUGUCCUUCAGCGGAUUUGAGGCUGGAAAUAUCCGAACUUUUGUUUCCUGGCGGUUUUCUACUUGACUGGACCUCACACAGAUGAGACCGCAUAUUUACAUGCUGGUAAUGUGAGACAAGAACUCGAAAAGUCUGAAAAUAAUCCUUUUUUCGAUCCGUUAGUUUAUGUGACAAUCUCUUUGCGAAGAAAAAUCGACAACCUGUUAUUUUACCUGCUCCCCCUCCCCGUCCCGGAUCCUCGCCGACUCCUUUGUACGUGAAAGAAAGAUGGAUUCUUUUACUUUUUUAACUUCUCUUUGGUUUUGCGGUUUUGCUGUGGAGUUCUUGAUUUUACGGACGACACCGUUUGGAUGUGGAAUCCUCUUCUUUAGAAAUUUGGCAGUCGCACGUUUGUAGGAUCGUGGGUAGUUUUGCGAAGCCAAGUUGCUGUUUUGAAUUUAACUUUAUUUCCUUGUUUGGAUGCCGUUGCCGGCAACACGGACAUUUCUCUGCUUCCUUUUUACGCCACUAGACAAAAAUCUAAAUGUCGAGAGAUCAUGCAGGUCGAAUAAUGUUGUGGGUGACUGUGUGUAUAUACAGUGUGUGUACAGUCUUUGUGUAUAUACUGAUGUAUGGAUGGUUAUAUAAUAUAAAUAUAAAUAUAUAUAUAUACAUGUAUUUUGUACAUAAGAUAUGUUUGUAUAUGCAGUGUACAGAAUGUGUUCUUUUACACCGAUUUCCCUUUUUCUUAAUAUGUGGAAAAAGAAAAAGCAUAGGAGAACUUUGUUGGAAUGAAAACUCGCGUUGGCGACUCGUCGGCGGAGUUAUCAAAGCACUUUUUGCUCAGGCUGAUCGUACGCAGUCUGAAACCUACAAUGCAUCGCCGUGAGUCCGCCACGCGUUUUGCCAGUCUAAAGCUUGCACUCAUUUUCUCACUGAUUGAGGUGUUUUGUAACAAGCUCUGGUUGACCAAGCAAUGCUUGUACAUAAAUAUAUAGGCUUAAUACCUAGCGUAUGUUUGCAUAUAUCGACAUGCGUCACCUGCUAAUCUUUGCAGCCUUGCAUCUCCACUUGCUUUUGAUUUCAAUGCGGUGCCGUGCGUCAGAUGAGGGUUUUUUUUUUUUUUGGAUCGAUCUCGUGAGAAGACUUCACCAUUUUACUCUGCUGAUCUUUUGUAUGGCCUGAUGCUUUAUUCCCUCAUUACUUGCCUAGCAACUCUUCCAUGCAAGUAAUCGCUUCUUUGUCACCUGUAAAUGAAUGGAGUUCCCAUGAUGUGCCUCUUUCUAAUAAACUUCAGUUGGUCUUUGUCAGCCAUAAGCCAAUCACAGUCAUCUUUCUUGACAAGCCAUAAGCCCCGCCCCUAAAUUUCCAUUUUUGAAAAAGGGCAGACACUUGGGAAUUUUAUUUCUUUUUGUAUAUAUUAUAUUAAUAGAAAGAGUGGUAUGUCAGAGUGUAUUGCCGAUGUUUUUGGAUUUGUUAUGAAUGUUGAUAUUCUGGUUAUUGAAUUAUGAUUAUUAUUGUAAUAAUAUAAUGACUGCUGUUAUCAUUUCAUCAUUCUUUAGUUUAUUCAAUACUGUUAAAGACUUUCAUUUCUUUUUGAAUAAAUCGGAAUUUAUAUUUUUCGGGUGGGCUAAUUAUAGAAAUGAAAUCAAUUAAACAGAUAAAUAAAGAAAUAAAUUCUUAUUGAAUUCA